CCCCUUCGCUCAUCUUGUCAGAAAUCCCUACCACUUCCCACAUCGCUCCCUUCGGAUGGAAGAUAAUCCAAGCACCCGAAGAUCCUCAUCUAAAUCCUUUAAUUCGCAAAUAGCUCAGUCCUUCACGUCAUGACUACUUUUGGCCUGGGUACUGAACGUAAACGACACAUGAGCUCCGACUCUGACACCAGCCAGCCCGACAACUCCAAGAAGCACAAGAUGUCUUGCGACCAGGACGUAGCUGAUUAUGUUUCCUCUUCAUUCUAUCAAAAUGAAGGACCUUAUGAGCAAGUCUGGCAACGACACAAAGGGGGCAUCGCCUUCCGCGAGAUCGGUUGGAACCGCCCGGCAGUGUGCAUCAUGUCUCCGCCUGUGUCGCCCAAGUCGUUCGAGGUCCCUUCAGAGAUAUCGCCUUUGGCGACGGGCACUGAGGAAUUGGACUUCUGUCGGAUGUUCCACACGCAAACGACAGAUGCGGAUUUGCUUCCACACGAGCCAGCAUCUGAUUCGCCGAUGCCUGACGCCUUGGACCCGGCUUCAUACUUUCGUCACAGCCAUCCUUCAUUUGCAGAGCCAGCUUUCCCUGAGGGGCGCCAGAUGAUUGCGCCAGAGCAGAUCCGGACCGUGGACUACCCCAGGAAGUCUUCUACGACAAUUCCGCCAAUGUACCAUUCAUUACCCUAUAUGCGUCUGCCAUGCAACUCUAUGUCCGAAGCAUAUCCCCUUUCGCAACCGCCCCGACUCGAUGAACACCACAAUGCAUACAUAUGGCCGUUUCUGGGCGAGCAUGGCAACCAUCCACCCGCGCAUGCGGCGGAAAACACCGCUGGACGACGAAUUUCCAUGCAUAUUGAUAACUUGGACGAAUGCUACGGCCCCAAUUUUGACUACUAGGCGUCUUGGAGUGGUCUACAGGGUCGCAGAGUUGAGAAGAGACAAUUUGAGGAAG